UCCGCCGUAGAAAUUAACGGCAAGGAGGAGGGUUUUAAGGCGGACGUCUCCCAGGGUUUUCACAAGCAGCGCAGCGCAUCCUCUCUUCUCUCUCUCCUCUCUCUCUCUCUCUCGCCUCUCCCGCGGGAGGACCUCGGGCAAAUCUACAUCUCCAGAUCGUCGCAAAUCCUCGUCAAUCCCAUGGCCGCUACCUCCGCCGCCGCCGCCGCAGCAAUCUCCAGCUUCUGCCCUGCCCAGGCGCUCGGCGCGGAUUUGAGACCAUGCACUGCGCUGGGAUUCAAGGCCCGGACCGUGGUGCUCUCCACGAGCUCUCUUCGGCGCCUCCAGGUCUCCUGCCUCGCGGCCAAGCCUGAGACUCUGGCUACUGUGCAAAAGGUUAUAGCUUGCCAGCUGUCCGUGGAAGAGGACAAAGUGAGUCCCACUUCCAAGUUCACGGAUCUUGGGGCCGAUUCGCUCGACACUGUUGAGAUCAUGAUGAACCUGGAGGAGGCCUUCAAGAUCAGCCUGGGCGAAGAGGGUGCCGAGAAGAUCGUCACUGUCCAGGACGCCGCCGACAUGAUCCAGGACGUGAUCUCCAAGAAGGGCGAGUAGAAACUUGUCGUCCCGAGUUUUUUUUUGCUUCUCGCCUUUUGUUUUGACUGAAUCUCGAGAACUAAAAAAAAGGCUUUUCAUCUUCUUCUCA